AUGCUGAUGGAAGGGCUAUCUCCGGAUGAGGUGGUCUUCACAGUCUGUAGUCAUGCUGGGCUUGUUGAUGAGGACCGGGAAUACUUCCAAUCCAUGAAGGAAAGAUACUACAUUAGCCCUUUACCUGACCACUAUGCGUGUAUGCCUCAUGCUGGUGCAUGGGGUGCACUUCUUGGGGCAUGUAAACUCUACGGUGAUUCAGAGUUGGGAGAGAUUGUUGCUAAUCGACUUUUUGAGUUUGAGCCUCUAACUGCCGCUAACUAUGUGUUGUUGUCCAACAUCUAUCCAGCAGCAGAGCGAUGGAUUGAUGUUUCCCUUGUGAAAAGCUUGUCAACAUGGAGAUCGAUAGAGCAAUCAGAGAGUGUGACGAUUGAAGACUUCAGACCAAGUACAAUAAUGCCACCUAUUAUAAAUCAGAAGAGGAAAAAAGUGUUAUGUGCUGUUGACUUGAUUUUUGUUGUCAGUAUUGAGGAGGUUGCAUUCAGCUUCAAUGGAGAAAAAGAUUCAACAGUUUUGUUGCACAUACUCAGGGCUGGUUAUUUCUUGCAUAAAAAGGGCCAAAAUAGUGUCAAUGGGGAUCUAAAAGAUUUUCCAAUUCGAACAAUAUAUUUUGAGAGCCCUUGUGCAUUCCCAGAAAUAAACUCAUUUACCUAUGAUGCUGCUGCUACAUAUGGGUUGCAAAUUGACACCAUUAGCUUAGAUUUCAAAUCUGGUUUGGAGGCUUUGCUAAAGGAAAAACCAAUUUGA